GAAAGUGCGUUUGUUUACGUGAAAACGGAAGUAUGCAAAUUUGAGAAGCUGUUUUGUCAAGCCAUGUACAGCUAAACGCUCUCGCCUGUCAUUCAGAAGGCAGCACUACAACACCGGGAAGAAACAUGCCGACCUUCUCUCUGCCCCUUUCUAAUCUGCUCAGAAAUAAGGACAGUUUAAAGACUCUUAUCACACACUUUAAGAACUUGCACACUAAACGCGCGAAAUGUUUGGUCGACAACAGAUCGUGGAUGUUGGGAUCUCGGAAUCGAAAAUGUGGUCCAGUGUCCCAGAGAGAGAUCCCAGUGGGACAAGUGACAGUAGCGAACAUGUGCACCAACUCCUCCAGUGAUGACAAGAUCAGAUGGCUCUGGUCUGUUUACAAUGAAACGAAAAAGCAAACGCAAGAUUUAAUACCAGUGAUAUCAAACAACUUUGUAAAUCCAGACACCAUCUUUGCCAAUAAUGAGAUGAGCCUGCAGGACAUUGAGAUCUACGGCUUUGAUUAUGACUACACUCUGGCUUUCUACUCCAGUCAUCUCCACACCCUCAUUUUCAACAUCGCCCGGGACAUCCUCAUUGAGGAGCACAGGUAUCCAGAGGGAUUGAGGAAAUAUGAAUACAUCCCUAAUUUUGUGAUCCGUGGUCUGCACUAUGACGUUCAAAAGGCCUUACUGAUGAAGAUUGAUGCCUUUCAUUAUAUCCAACUGGGUACAGUAUACAGGGGUCUUAAUCCUGUGCCGGAUAAGGAGGUCAGUGCUAUGUACGAAGGUUCCCAUGUACCCCUCGAAAUCAUGAGUGACUUUUAUGGCAAGAGCUCUCAUGGUCAAACAAUGAAGCAGUUCAUGGAUAUCUUCUCCCUUCCAGAAAUGACGCUUCUCUCCUGCGUGAAUGACUAUUUUAUGAAGCACAAUAUUGACUACGAGCCCGUUCAUCUUUAUAAGGAUGUCAAGGAAGCCAUAGGAGACGUUCACGUCAGAGGGAUUAUGUACCGUGCAGUAGAAGCUGAUAUUGAUAAAUACAUAUGUUACGGUGAACAGACACAUGCUGUUUUACGGAAGCUCUCCAGAAAUGGAAAGAAGAUGUUUUUGAUCACCAACAGCCCUUUUGAUUUCGUAGAUCGUGGCAUGAACUACAUCGUUGGAAAAGACUGGCGGGACCUGUUUGAUGUCAUCAUAGUGCAGGCCGACAAGCCAGGCUUUUUCAACGACAGGAGAAAACCGUUCAGACGAGUCACAGACAAAGGCGUUUUGUUAUGGGACAGGAUUCACCACCUUGAGAAAGGGCAGAUCUAUAAACAGGGAAACUUGUAUGAGUUUUUGAGGCUUACAGGCUGGAGGGGCUCCAAGGUUUUGUACUUUGGAGAUCACAUUUACAGUGACCUUGCGGACCUCACCCUGAAACACGGUUGGAGAACAGGAGCCAUCAUUCCUGAGCUAAGGAAGGAGAUUAAAAUAAUGAACGCUGAGGAAUACGUUCAUACCAUGACCUGGCUGCAGGCGCUGACCGGACUGUUGGAACAAAUGCAGGUGCACAGAGACUCUGAGUCACAAACGGUGAUUCAGCAGUGGAUCGAUGAAAGGGAAGAUAUGAGGUUGCGGACCAAAGACAUCUUCAAUGCCCAAUUCGGGAGUCUUUUUCGUACAUACCACAACCCGACCUACUUUUCGCGUCGCCUCUCACGAUUCGCCGAUAUCUACAUGGCGUCUCUCAGCUGUCUGCUGAACUACGACCUACAGCACACCUUCUAUCCCAGACGCACCCCCCUACAGCACGAAUCUCCUAUCUGGCCUGAGCAGAACAGCGCUGGAGCCAUGAACAUCCCCUUUCAGAGCCACGGGAUAAAAACUUGAUCAGAGUAGGAUGUACGAGACGGUGUGCUAUAAAUUUUAUUAGACAUCAAACUGAAAAGAGGUUAAGAGUGAAAUGCUUCAGCUGGUUGUGGUAUUGUGAGUUAAGUGUUCCUCCAUAAGUGUGGUCUGACAAUAAUGUCUACAGACAUUUUAUCCAAAAAUUUAAAUUCUGUUAUCUACUCACCCUUAUUUCGCUCCCCAUCUGCUAUUUUUCUUUCCGUAGAUCCCCAAAAAGUAUAUUUUAUUUUUUAUAAUAUGAGAAAGUAAUAAGAUAAAACAAUAUCUAAAAGCCAAUAAUGGUGAUUAUGACAGAUUUUAGAUUUUGGGAUAAACUGUCAAUUUAAGAAUAAAUGUUUUGAUAGUCCCACACUAUUUAAGAAAUUCCAUCUACGAAUGACUUGUUGUCUCUGCAUGUCAAGCUGGGGUAGGAGAAACUUUAAACUGUCAAUACCUUAUUUUUGUAUUUAAAGUUUAAUAAAAUGCAUGUAAAGUAGUUGGGAUAAACUGACUACAGGUGUAUAUGGCCAAGUAUUUUAGUUGGAAAUUGUAUAUGUUGUUUUAAGAGUUGUGCCUCAUAAUGUCGGUGAGGUUCAUUUGUAGAGGUCAUUAUUUUUGGAGUUGAGAGUUUACCUUUGUGAAUGGCCUUCAAAGUCCACCUUCAUUACGUCCAGAGAUGUUUAAAUUUAUUUUGAAGUCAACGCCUGAGUUUAUUCUUGUCCUUUCUAGUUAGAAGUCAUCGACAAAUGCAAACCGGACAAGUGGAUUCUAAUAAAUGUUGUUCUUUAAUAACAAAGGGGAAGGUUGAACUGAAUAGAAGACACUAUAUAUUGAAUGAAGGGUUACAGAACAAAUCGGUGUUUGACGUUUUAAAAGCCUUACAUAUUUUCUAUGUAUGAUUAUAAUAUUACAUGUUUUUAUCAAAGCUGAAGACAUUCUGUGACACUUUAGAUAUAAUUUAAAGAUCUAUCCAUUGCUGUAGAAGAUUCCUAAUGUAUAUGCGAAGGCAUGUAUUGUGUAUUUUUUACAUGAUGGCUUGUAGGGCAUUGUGCAGUUAUGUUGUCAUGUGUACAUUCAAGCAAGCAUUGAACAGCUUAUGCUUUGUUGCAACUUUGAGAACGCAGUUUUUUAAAACAAUUUAUUUACUUCCAAUUUAUCUAAAAUUACCGCCUUUGUUUCUGUGAUUCUAAAUGAAGUACUUACUGGAAAUUUUUUGACAUAUUUGCCUUUAAAAAAGCAUUGUCCAUGCUGUUUUCUGUAUUGUUUAUGCUAACUCUUAUGUGAAGUGUAUUGUAUUUGUGAUAUUUAUUACAAAUACAACCAAACUUA